GUAGUGCUGUAGAAGAACUCUCUCUCUCUCCUCUCCUCUCUCCUCUCCUCUUUUGCUCUGUGUAUCGAGUUUCCAAGUCUCGCAUUACCUCUGUUCUUCAUGUAUGGUUUUUGGGGUUGGUGUUUUGGCUUUGUUUUGACUGUACAGCUCAGAAAUUAAGCGAGGAAGGAGGAGAACGUGGAAACAACGCCGUCAUGGGCUGCUUCCCUUGCGCUGGAAAGUCCAGUUCAAGAUCAGAAAACACCACUAACGACAAUAAAAAAAAGUCAGAUGAUCCUCAAGGUACCCAGAAAGUCAAUUCAAACGCGAAAAGAAAUUUGGAUGUAAAGGAGGUUGUCUUGAAGGUUGAUCAAUUAUCAUUGGACGUAAAGAAUUUAAACUUAAAGGAAGAGGUUUCUAAGGAUGGAGAAACCAAUGGCAGAAGGGCGCAGACGUUAUCCUUCGAAGAACUUGCGGCUGCAACAGGAAAUUUCAGGUCGGAUUGCUUUUUGGGUGAGGGAGGUUUUGGCAAAGUUUACAAGGGUCACUUGGAGAAAAUUAAUCAGGUUGUGGCCAUCAAGCAACUUGACCGCAAUGGACUUCAAGGGAUUAGGGAAUUUGUUGUUGAAGUAUUGACACUAAGUCUUGCCGAACACCCUAAUCUUGUUAAAUUGAUUGGGUUUUGUGCUGAGGGGGAUCAAAGACUGUUGGUUUACGAAUACAUGCCUUUAGGAUCUUUGGAAAACCAUUUACACGAUCUUCGCCCUGGUAAGAGUGUACUUGAUUGGAAUACAAGAAUGAAGAUAGCAGCUGGUGCAGCAAGAGGAUUAGAAUAUUUGCAUGACAAGAUGAAACCCCCUGUCAUAUAUCGUGACCUCAAGUGCUCAAACAUUUUGCUCGGGGAGGGGUUUCAUGCAAAGCUAUCUGACUUUGGUUUGGCAAAAGUAGGUCCGAGUGGUGACAAGACCCAUGUUUCAACGAGGGUUAUGGGAACAUAUGGAUACUGUGCACCAGAUUAUGCCAUGACAGGUCAACUUACAUUUAAAUCCGACAUAUAUAGCUUUGGGGUUGUGCUAUUGGAGCUCAUCACUGGCAGGAAAGCUAUUGAUCAAACAAAAGCUCCUAAGGAGCAAAACCUUGUUGCAUGGGCACGACCAUUGUUCAGGGACCGGAAGAAAUUCUCGCAAAUGGUUGAUCCAUUGCUGCAAGGUCAAUAUCCUGUUAGAGGAUUGUACCAAGCUCUCGCUAUUGCUGCAAUGUGUGUUCAAGAGCAGCCUAACAUGCGGCCUGUUAUAUCUGAUGUGGUUACAGCUCUUAAUUACCUUGCUUCUCAGAAGUAUGACCCCAAAAUGCCUUCAGGUCAUAGCUCCAGAAGGGGUUCAUCUUCCCCUGAAGAGAACAGCGAUGAUAAUAAUAGUCGAACUGCUUGUAAAAGACCAGAAAUUGACUGAGGCGGACGACUCUGACAAAUUAUUUAGAAUAAAGCAGCGAAUACCUUUUUGCAGUUGGAAUAUGAAGUGCCUAGUUAUCAAUUUUUGAAUUACUGAAGAUAACAGGUGCUUUUGCCUACUCUCAAUCUUCACAUAUAGGAAAUUUCUUGUAUCUUUUUUCUCUCUUAUUACCCUUUCAGUGUACAUGUGAGCUGGAGCUCUUGUAUGUAAGAUGCCUCUUUCUAGGAAGAACCUUUUUUUUUUUUUCAUUUUGUUAAUUGGUCUAAAUUAUGAUAAUAAAUUACAUCAUUCCAUUUAUCCAAGUUGUUAUCUUUGCCACCUUAAUCAUCUCAUUCGUCCAUACAUUUAAAAAGAUCUGUUUAAAUUCUAUGGUUUCGUACUUAAAAGCAGAGUCCUAGAAUGCACCGAAAAGGGGGAGAAAAAGGAAAGCUUUUAUUUUAUGACAAAGACUUGCUUGGAGUAUCUGAUGCCAGCUCAAAAUGGGAGUAUGGUCCAUCAAAUUAAAUCCAACUUUACCUGUGUUUGUCUUCUUACCAAAAACCCAAGCUUGGUUUUCAUUAAAGUUAGGUGUGGGGCCUCCAAAAGUUAUGGACUCUUGGUUUUGGUGGCUCGUUUAGGAAAUGGCUCCACGUGUCAGAAAGAGGGAUGGAUAAAGAAGAUGCAACCGGAAUCUGCUUUUGAUGACAGGUGAGUCUCACCCGACCUGACCCAUGAUUCUCAAGUCAUAAGUACCAUGGUUUUCGUCCUCAUCUAAUAGAGAAUAGCACCAUCAAAAAAUAUGGUACCAAGUCCUAAGAAUCCUUUAUGUCAGUUAUUGUCCGAUUAUAGAAUGCGUUUGUUGGAGAAAAGUAAAUCUUAUCUAAAUCUA